AUGCGAAUAUUACGCCGCCCGGCGCCUGCGACUUCAUGGCGGUCCCAUCCUCCCUCGCCUCGACUGCACAUAGUGCUCGCAUCGUCGUGGGGUGGCAUCAGCCGCGCCCGCACGCACUCGACGCUCCCCGAGGAGCGACCCAACGACGGCGGUGAUGAAGAUGCUGCGGGCGACGCCGUGCGACGCCCGCCCUCGCCGCUGCCGCGGCUUCCCUUUCGAUUCGAGACGGGAAUCGGGGUAUUUGCGAAGCGCCCGCCGCGCCCGUUUCCCCCGCCCUUCCUCUCGCGACCGUCCGCCUCCUUCUCGGACCCGCUCAGCACGCACCGCGCCGUCGUCGACGGCGAGGAGAUCCGCGGCCUCACCAACGGCGACGACGCCAUCUACGCGAGCGACUUCUUCAUAUGCGCCAACGACGGCGUAGGAGCCUGGGCGACUCGACCGCGUGGCCAUGCUGGGCUAUGGGCUCGGCUUAUACUCCAUUUUUGGUCGUCGGCUGUCGAAGAGGACCUGAUGCGUGCGUGCGGCAGCGGCGGGGAAGCGGCCGACGACGCGGGGCCGCACCCGGUCGCGUCACUCUCGACGGCGUACAAGAGGACGCUUGAAGCGACCGGGGCACACGACUGGCAAGGCACGACGACGGCCUGCGGCGCGCAGCUACACUUUUCGACGUCGGCCGGCACCGAUACCGGUACUGACACCUCGUCGCCACACGUGGUCCCGGUCCUGUACGUCACCAACCUUGGCGACUGCCAGGUCAUGGUGGUGCGGCCGCAAGACCGGUCCAUCGUCUUCAAGACGACGGAGCAAUGGCACUGGUUCGACUGCCCACGGCAGCUCGGCACCAACAGCCCCGACACGCCGGAGGAAAACGCCGUCGUAGACCGCGUCGAGCUGCAGGUCGGCGACGUCGUCCUCGCUAUGAGCGACGGCGUCAUCGACAAUCUGUGGGCGCACGAGAUUGUCGAAAUUGUGGCGAAGAGCAUCGAUACUUGGGAAAGGUCGUCAUCGGCAACUGAGGACGUGACGGAGAGUGCGCGUCGUCGUGGUGGACGGGCAGGUGGCAUGCGCCAGGCGGCGCAGGACUUGGUCGCAGCCGCCAGGAACAUCGCCUCGGAUCCGUACGCGCAGAGCCCGUUUAUGGAGCACGCCAUCGAGGAGGGCCUUGCAAGCGAAGGAGGCAAGAUGGACGACAUCAGCGUGGUCGCCGCUCUCUGCAUAGAAAACAGCAAGGAGCCGUGA